GCUAGUGUGCACGAGGAGGUAGUGGGGUCAGGAACGUACUACGACUGCGCGUGCCAACCAGUUCCGUCAACACUCGACAGUCGACGGUGUGGCUCUGAUGGUAGCGGUUUGUAAGCGCUUGCCUGCUGUACAGUGAGGUAUGGAAGCGGUAGCGUACAGCUGGUUGGCGGCUGCCUCGUGCUCGCCCCUGUUGAUCAUGCUUGCCGUGUGGACCCUUUACAUCUUCCACACCUAUCGAAGACAAUGGAGAAUGGUGGACCUCUUCUUCCUGGCCGUGGUGGCACAGGAGAUGGUCACCUCGUCGUUUGCCUUCGCCUUUGCCGUCUUCAGGCUCAUCAAUCCCAGCCUGGAGCCCGCCUGCGUCUUCCUUCAGUGGGGUCUCACCUCCACUAGGGCCUUCCAGAUCGCCACCCUCGCCUCUUUAGCCGUAGACAGGGGCCUGACCUUGCGCUGGCCCUACAAGUAUCGUUUGAGUGUCCGCAGGAACCAGAUCCGUUACCACAUCGCCGUGCUUGCUGUAAUCUCUGUGUUCGUCGGGGUGGCUGCGGUGUUCGCCCGCGUGUCCGGCAGGGGGCCCUGCUCGGUCAGGCCCUCCGCCUGGGAUGAGAAAUUCUCUGUGUUCUUGCUAUCCCUAUACGCCGUCCUGGUUCUAACGUCCUUCGUGUGUUGUGCCCAUGUGGUCUGCCACAAGUGCAAGAAGCGUACCGGUAAAAAGGAACCGCUGCCCGUUACCGAUUUCGGUACCUCGUGCAGCGGUACCGGUUCCAGCAGCAGCGGCGGAAGUUCCCGGCCUCUCAGGCCCCUCAGAUCGUACAAUAACGACUUUACUACAUUGGAUAUGAGGUGGACCGCCGUCUCCUCCGUUUGUAUCUGCUGCUACACCGUCAACCAUGUACCGUUUUUGGUAUUUAAUGUGGUGAGUCUUGUGGUGCCGACAUUUUGGUCAGCUUGGCAAGAAAAUAUUAUUGUUUGGCUUCGUUUACUGGAAAGUUUAUUGAUUCCAGCCAUACUUUAUUUUACGGAUUUACCUCAUCGUGGCGCUGUAAAGAAAGCAUUUCAGAGAAAAAGCGGAAGAUUUCCAGAUAACAAUGGAACCGACAAUCGAAUACGUCCAUACUUGGAUGAUAUUUUGAGUGGACACAAAAUAGGACCAGGAAAUUACCUGUCGAGCUUUCAUCAGCCUAAUGACUUACCGGUAAUGCGUCACUUGGCAAUUUUUGGUAAUCGCGUGGGGUGGCACGACCACAUUCUAUCAAACGUCUACUCUCUCCCACAACACAACGAUGCCUACUCGAAAAAUUUGCAUAUGAUGGCGGAACCAAGAAGCUACCUUACUAAACAAUGCAACAUGGACAAUGACCUACCCGAAUAUUCGGUAGACACGUGGAAGGAAGAUGGAUCCCACAUCUAUGCCACGUUAUCCGAAAGUGCCAGCUUUCAGUCAGUUUUCACCAACGACAACAUGGAGUUGGCUGAAGAUGGCGAAUCGGUCACAACGGAUGCUAAUGAUGAUUUCGAAUUUCAUGAAGUUCGCCCAACGCAACAGCAGCAGGAACUUCAUCUUCAUCAUCAUCAUCAUCAUCACCAGCAGCAGCAGCAGCAGCAACUCUACCCAGAAGAGAAAGAACAAUUCGAAGAUCAGCCCGAAUACAGCAUAGAUACCACUUCGGAUUCCGACGACGACGAUGAUGAUGAAGACGAUGAAGUAGAAGUACGCAACGAUCAAUUUCUUCAAGUAUACAAAAUGAGCAUGGAACAACUGCAGAACAAUGCCAUAGCGAAGAGUUGCUCCAUGGCAUCCAUGGACGACGAGGGAGUUAGCACGGAUGAUGACGAGGAGGAGGAGGAGGAGGAAGAAGAAGAGGAAGAGAUUUACGUACUCCCGGUUGCUCCGAGAUCGAGCAUGGCACUCUACAAAUUACAGCUUCCUCGACCGUUCAAGGCAAGGAGCGAAAACGAUUUAACAUGGCUGUCGAAGGUGGUUGAUAGUGACUCAAAUCACGAGAAGAUUCCCGAAGAAAAGUGCGGAAGGAGUGCCAUACUCGAUGCCCUAAACAAAAAUACGAAAAGGAACGUCAAGAGACGCACUAGUUUAAAAGAAAGCGCCAUUGGAGGACCCUCUCCAACUAGCAAUAACGUUACUUUAUCGGGAUUUGUGUAAACCGCCAAAAAAACAAACAAACACCAGUGAGAAUUUGGACGUUUUGUACAAAAACUAGCCAAGAACUUGUAGUUUUUUGACUACGGAAGAAAUUGCAACGAGUCCAUCUUGGAGUUUUCUUAGAAUCAUAAAGAAAAAGAGCCUCCUAGUCCAACUAAGUUGUGCUUUCGGAACGAAUUCGAUUAACCAUGGUUAUGUGGAAUUUAUUAAAAAUUAACAGAAUAUAUUAUCAGUAAUCGAAGCAUGCCAUCAGGUUAUUAUAAUUAAUUAUUAUUUUUACAACAGUUUGUAACAAUUAAAAAAAGAAACUGUUAUUUAUUUACAAUGUUUAAUCAAGUCGACAUUUUUUUUUUUAAUUCUUCGUACCUACGUGGCUCCAUCUAACGGCAGCGUGAUAAAACAUUACGAUAAUGUUUUUAAAAUGCCAAAAAUAUAUACAUAUAUUAUAUAUAUUUUUGCAUUUUUUUAUGUAUAUAAUUUUUUUAUUAAGCAUUGUAAUAAAAACUGAAAUUAUAAAAUAGAAAAAUGACUGUAAAUUAUU